UCCAAAUAUAGAUAGAUAAAUAAUUACCUCCCCCACCAAAAAAAAAAAAAGAAUUGAAAAAGUUUAAACAGCGUGCAUUAAAAUUACAUUGUGGAGUGAGUUGUACGGUGUGUGAAUUAUAACUCUAAAAAAAGCUGGUAAAAUAUUGCAGAGGAAGGGGCCUGAUAAUACAGCAACAAACAAGGGUACAUGGAAGAGGCAGGACUUUGAAUUCUGUUCCACCAUGUAUCCUUGAGGAUGGAGCGAAUCCCUGUUGGCUUUUGGGAGGCAGUGGGUCCUUGAGGCAGUGGGUCCUCCUGGAGGGCCCCCACUGCCUGAGCACCGCUCUCACCCCUGCAUGGGGCCUUGGCAGGCCCUCCCCUUGUCCUGCACCUGGGUGCCUUCCCAUCUCCUGCAGGGGUCCUGCCAACAGUCACCUGAAUCUGCACCACUGUCCUGGACUCCCCACCCGGCUCUGUGUUUGCAGAACAUUUAGGGGCUUCUGACACUAUGUGCCCAUCAAGAAGUUUAUUGUUUAUUUCCUCCCUCCCCUCCUGGAACAUCAGGUCCUCCUCUAUCUGUUCUUGUCAUGUUCCCACCAUCCCAAACAGAAACUAGCACACAGUAGGUCCUUAGUGGAUGAAGGAAGGAGGGGAGGAAGGAAUGCUUCUUGGCCCAGAGUGGCAGCUCCCUGGGUGGCGGACUUGUACUAUGCCUCAGUUUUCCCAGCUGUGGAAAUGGGGCUGCACUGCCCGCGACCUGCCCAGUCCCUCCCGCUGCCAGGCUGUGGGUGCCGUGUUGGCCGUGCCAGCUCCCUGGGGCGCACUCUGGCCUAGACCGCCCAGCUUGGCCGGCUCCUGAGGGACCUGCUCUGCUGACACCGUAUUCUUUUCCGGACUGUCCAGCCACCUGGCUGACACUCGAUCCUGGCCCCACUUCCAGGCCAGCGACCGCCGACCAGCCUGCUUGGGCCAGGGCCCCACGAUGCUGGGCUGGGGGACAAGGGGCCAUCUGUGCCGCCCAGGGAGGGGGUGGUGAGCCCAGGGCCCUGCCAAGUCCGGCAGACGUAUGAGGACCGGGCCAGUGCCGGGACCUGCUGCCCAGAGCCUGCACCAGGUGUGGCUGCUGCCUGCCAUGGGAACCCUCAGCUGCGGCCCCACACCCCAGCUGACAGCCGCACCCCCAGGCCGGCGGGCCCCUGAGUGCCAGGUUCCAGAGACCACCGGCCUGCGGAGGUCGUGCAGGCUGGCCGCCUGGGAGAACGGCUCUGGGCCAGGCUUGUGUGUCCUACCGUCCACUAUCGGCUUCGUCAACCACGACUGCACCAGGGUGGCAGGUCCUGCCUACUCACUCUCCCGGAGGCCCAGCGAGGUAUCUCCGCAGGAGACCAGCCCGGGGCCAGUCUACUUCCUGGACCCGAAAGUCACCCGCUUUGGCCGAAGCUGCACCCCUGCCUACUCCAUGCAGGGCCGGGGCAAGGCUCGGGGUCUGGAGGUGACGCCGGGCCCUGGGGCCUACAGCCCAGAGAAGGUGGCUCCUGUGCGCCAGCGGACCCCCCCAGCUUUCACCCUGGGCUCCCGCCUCCGCCCACAGCCCAUGGACACCUCAGCCCCUGCCCCUAACACCUACACCCUGCCUUCCCUCUGGGGCUCCCAGAUCUCCAUCAAGCCCAGCAGCCCCAGUUACACGGUGGUGGGCCGCAAGCCUGCUGCCCGCCCCCUGCAGGACCCUGCUGAGAUGCCAGGCCCUGGCCAGUACGACAGCCCAGACCCCAACACGUACCGCCAGCGCCGGCCCGCUUUCACCAUGCUGGGGCGGCCCCGAGCCCCGCGCCCCCCGGAGGAGACGCCUGGCCCGGGCACCCACAGCCCCGAGCAGGUCACUGUGACCAAGGCCAGGGCCCCGGCCUUCACCAUGGGCAUCCGCCACUCCAAACGGGCCACCACCAUGGCCGCCGACACCACAGCCUGAUGCCUGCAGGGGACAGGAUGCCUGGCUUGCUCAGUGUUCCAUGCUGUGAAGUGCAGUGUGGUCAGCCCCUCCUGGGCCCGGCUUCAGCUGGAGGACUGGGGACAGUUCUUUUCUGAACUGUCUGAGGUCCUUCUAGGCCACCUGCUUCUCCAGUCCCUGGGGGAUGUGACCCCUUGGCCCCGACAGGGUGAGCCUCCUUCCAGCGUCCCAGUUUCUCCUCUCUGGGUCAUACCAGGCCAGGCCAGGUGGCCCUCCCCAGCUGCUGCCUGGAGAUGCAGCUUCCUGUGUCCUAGAACUCAGCAUCCGCUCACCAGGGCCUGGGUCCUCAGCGCAGCUUGGGUUUCUGCCAAACUUGGGCUCAUCCCAGCUCCUCACGGAAGCACAGCCCUGGUCUCGGCCCCAUCCUCUAGCUGUUGGCCAAUAAAUCUCCACGGCACCGAGAAUUGUCACAGCACACACCCUUUGUCUGUUCGCGUCACAGGAGAGAACCCUGAAUGCAGCUCUCAAGAUUCAGACCCCCAGCUCUGCAGUCCGUAGGGAUCUGGAUGGGACCAGAGAAGGGGCCCAGGGCUGGAGGAGACCAGAGGUGGAGCCAGGGCUUUGAGUGGGGAAGCCUGCCAGGUAGGAUUCCUGGAAGAGGGGCCACUGAAGCUGGGCUUUGAAGGAUGUAUAGGAAUUGGAUGUAGUCUAAUACCUGCCAUCAGUAGGUGCCUGCUGUGUUCCAGAUAUUGAUAAAGAUCGUCUAAGCCUCACAGCAACUCAAGAGGCAGUCAAGUCUACGGAGGGGGAAAGGAGGGCUCAGGGAGACUAGACGCCUGUCCGAGGGCACGCCAUGAAGGCCAGUGCCCUUCUGAUACUGGGAAGGAAACCCUGGCCUUCGUUCUGUCACAGGGACAGGAAGGAAACAACUGGAGGACGUCACAUAAGGGACCCCUUCGUGUGAGGACACCUUAUAAACCCCAGGCCCAGAAGGGCCCUAACCACGGAGUCUGGGAAAGACAGACUGUGCCACAGCUCCUUGGAGGAGAUGGCCCCAGGGGCAGCACAGCACAUGGGACCCAGAAGGGUCCUGGGUGGCUGUCAGCUCCCUCCUACUGCCCUCUUCCCUAGCCUGGGGGUGCCAAACGUGGACACACCCCCUUCACCAGACUAGGUGACCCUAGGUGACACACGAGGACCCCCUACAUACAUACAUCUGGACACACCAGGACCCCCUACAAACACAUACCUGGACACACCAGGACCCCUGCACACACACCUGGACACACACCGGG